AAGGACAGGUGAUUGAUCUUGGUUUUGUUUGACAAUGGUGACCAACGAGAGCGAGGCUUCGUCAAGUGACUCGGAAAACCAAUUCAGUUUUUACGUGGAGGGCGUCACUUUGACCUUGGUGUCUUUGUUUGGCCUUUUUGGCAACACGUUGUCCAUCAUCAUUCUGCUUCGGGGGACAUUCCGCAACUCGUUCUCGAAUCUGUUGCGUGGUUUGGCCUUCUGUGACGCCCUCUUCUUGAUGAUGGCCAUUCUGUCCUUUGGUCUGCCCAAGUUAUGCCAUUGGUACGUGGAAAACAUCUUCAUCCACGUAACGGGCAUCAUGUUUGGUCUCCUGCAUACAUUCCGGGUGGGAUCCGUCUACGUCACCAUGGCAGUCACUCUGGAACGAUUUAUGGCAGUGAUUUUCCCGUUCCGCGCAUUCCGCCAAAAACGAUUUCUCUUCCCCGGUUCAUUGUGCUUCGCUAUCGUCUAUACUCUACCCAAAUAUUUCGAGGUGGAAACCGUGUGGAACGCCGAAUCCCAACGCCAUCUGAUUGUGAGCACGGCUCUGCGGCAAAACCCGCUCUAUUUGAAGUACUACGUCAUUUGGAGCAAGCUACUCAUUACCGAAAUCUUCCCCUAUCUGACCAUCUUGAUCCUCAAUAUCUUCAUAAUCUACGGCACCCUGCGAGCCUCAUCAUUUCGAAAGCAGUUUGUGGACAAGAGUGGCCCUCCGUCGAGGCGACACCCUCGUCGGGUUCAAUCGCCCCCGAGAGGCUUCCCGGGACGAGCCAUCCCAGGGACGUCCUUGUCCAGUCCGUCGAGGACCCACCACUUGGUCAAAUUAAAGGGCCACUAUUUCGAGCCGUCCUCGUCAAGUUUGGCGGCUCCCGGGGAAGGCGAAGGAGAGGGCAAGGGCGAGGGCGAGGGCAAGGGUGAGGCCGCUCUCGAUCGAAUGAAUGUCAUUUCGAGCAAGUCCAAUCACCGCGUGAUGAAUCAGCUACCGCGACGAAGCCCUGAGAACGCCGGGAAGGUCGAGAACGCCGAGGGAGAAAUGACCGAGCUCAAGGAGAUCCUCGUUCUGGCCAAAAGCUGCUCACGAACAUCCCAUGCGGUCCUGUCGUCCAGUAGUCGGAGGCCGAGCGUUCACUCCACACACAGCUCGAGCUUGAUCGGCAAACGCAAAACGGAAACCGAUUUGGCGCGCGUCCUCAUCGGCCUCUCCAUCUUGUUCAUCAUCUGCCAAUCGCUCAAGAUUAUUCCCGAUCUGUACGAGCUAUUUGUCUGUGAUACCACGGAUGCCGCCAGCCCGUCUCAUCAACCCUGUGAAGUGAGCGACUUUGUCCAACUCAUCGUGAAUAUGUCGCAUCUGUUGGUGUGUGUCAAUUCCUCGGCCAAUUUCCUCUUCUACUUUCUCCAUGGAGCCAAGUUCCGGCGAGCCUUUAAAGAUACUUUUUUUUGCAAAUCCCGCCGACCGUCGAGUGUUGUCUCACAAUUUCGACAGACCAUAUAGUUAGUUCUUCGAAUGGUGCUGAUAUGGAUGAGGAGGCAUCUACUUACUUGGUCAAUGACAUAUCCAACCAAGGCCAGGGAGUGAAAGCCUCAAAGACGAAGAUAGAGAUGAAAAGGCAGACCAAUUCAAUGAAGCCAAAGCAAGCCUUAGAAGAAGGGGCGGAGCGCAUUUCGAGAUGCUCCCCUUGUUAUCUUGACAGCCAAUCUGGCACAAGUUUUGGGAAGCCUUGUUUUCUACCUGAACGGAAAUUGCUAUGAUCCAGAUUAGGAAGAUCCGAAAACUGAUUCAACGUCAACGACGACCGCUGGCUGCAUCGCUUCAUAUUGAAGUCAUUAUUGGAAAUUGUCCUUCGAUGUAUACGUUGGUCCGACUCUCGCCUCACAAUGGCUUACUUGACUUGCUUAUGAUCCUCAAACCAGGAGGUUCCCAUUCAGUUUGAAGACUGACAACGAAUGGUCACCUACUUGUUCAUGCAUACAAGUAUGUAUGUAUGCAUGCACGUACGCACGCACGCACGCAUACAUCAUCAUCCUCAUGCUCAUCCAUGGCCAUGGCCAUCAUUGUUCAAUAUUGUCCAGGGUCCAAAUGCCAACCAGCCAGCACUACAUAUAUGUACACUAAUUCAUGGACGAAUCGAUCAAGCUCUACGUAUGUAUCUAUGUGGUGGUCUGGGCUAGAAAAUGUGCUCACAUCCGAAAUUAGUGGACAAUGGCGAAGACAAAGAGGGAGGGAGCCGGGAUGCCAAGCGACAGUAACAACAACAGCAAUAUGUAGAACACACUAUUCACCAGUACACACUAGAGGUACAUUGAUGCCUCCUCAGAGCUUUUUUGAAUUACAUUCAUAUUAUCGGGAGAGAGACAUAUGGUCAGGACACAUUAUGUCAUCCCGACGGACCUCCUUCGUAAUAAGUUGCCCACCAACCAAGCAGUAUUUGA